ACACCAGCACGCUUAGAUUCUGAUCCCGUUUACAACCCUCCGCUCUUGAUACCUGUCUAUAUCUUUUUGAAUUACAAAUAGCCCCCCUCAGCCGCCUCCUUACUAUCAAGAUCUGGAUUGUCUCGGUAUUCACCGACAUCAUAUAGAACGAUUCUUGGAAGUUACAUACUCCUAUUGCGACGAUCUGGACCCUACACUCCUCCUUUGUCGAUGAGCGGCUCGCCGACUUCUCAUCAGAAGAAUACCACCGUUGAGGAUUUUCUUGAUGUACCCACGGCCGGGAACAGUAAAACACGCUUGGAAACAUAGUGGGAAUUAGCCAGUACAAUGCCGCCCUCGCAAGCAUCCGCAGGAGCGGUGCCAGCGAAGGCAAAGACUGCAGUGAAGGGAAACCCGGAUCCGAUCGAUGCAUCGAAACAAAUAGCCGCCAAAAUUGCCCAGCUGGAGUUGGAAACCGCAGGGGAAAAGGAUCAAGAUGCCGAGAUAGACCGGGAAGUCCGCAAGGCAAACCGAGAGCUCUCUCACCUCCUCGCCAAUAUCGAGACCUCCUCUUCGCGACUCGAUACGGUACGAGACAAAUAUGUGCAACUCCUCGGCGACAUGAAGCGACUCGAGCGCGAGCACCAGAAGUCCAAGAAGCGGGCGGACCUGCUGCAGAAAGAGCGAGAUACUGCUAGGAGUGAUCUGACCAAGGCAAACACCCUCAAGGACAAGUUUGCGAAGAUGUCGCGGGAGAAUGUGACGGAGAACAAGCGCCUCAAGUUGAUGGUGGAUAGACUUCAAGGCAUCGAAGCAAACCAUCGCACCGAACUCCAUCAGCGACUCGACCGAAUGAUCUCCGAAGUGGAUGAAGUAUGCAAGAAGGACGAGCAUGGCGGCCAAGAUGCCGAAGUCACUACUGAGGAUCCAGACUUCCGACAGAAGUUCAAGUCAUUCGUUGAGCAAUAUGAACUCCGUGAACUGCAGUUCAUCUCCCUGCUACGUACCAAGGAGUUGGAGCUGCAGUAUCAGAUGGCACGACUGGAGCAGCAACGGAAGGCUCAAGAGGUGGAAUCCAGCAAGUCUCACCAGCUUACGCGUCAGGUAUCAACGUUCUCGCAAACCGAGACGGAGCUCCGAAGCCAGCUGAAUAUUUACGUCGAGAAGUUCAAACAGGUGGAAGACACGCUCAACAGCUCGAACGAUCUUUUCUUAACGUUCCGGAAGGAAAUGGAAGAUAUGUCGAAAAAGACUAAACGGCUGGAGAAGGAAAACCAUGCUUUGACGCGCAAGCAAGAAGCGACGAACCGCAACAUCCUCGAGAUGGCGGAAGAGCGAACUCGGCUGCAACAAGAGCUCGACUUGUUUCGCAAGAAGAACGACAACUUAGAGAAGCUCUGCAGGGGUAUGCAGGCCCAGGGACGUGGGCAGAUCCCCGUGCACGACACCACCGAGGAAGAGGACGACGACGACGAAGAUGAGGACGACGACGAUGAGGAUGAGGACGAGGAUGGGACGGAGAGCGAGUACGACUACGAGGAGGACGACGCGCUGAGCGAAGGUGAGUACGACGACGACACCGAGGAAGAACCCGCGAUUCCAGCCAAGCCUGUCCUGCCGACUCCGUCGACAGGAACGACCCCAGGUGGUCCCAAUGGUAGGAUGAAGACCAAUGGAGUCAAGCAUUAAGAACGCUGGUCUUCGAGCAUGUCUUAGCAUAGCAUAUGGAAUUACACAUCAUUGUACUGUUC